AUGCGAGUGGGCGGGCUGUUCUUCAUCAACGACAACCCUUUCCUCGAGCACGCCUCGAACGCCACAGCCAUGAAAUUUUCGGCUCUUUGGAUGCUGGGUGUCUACACGGCCGUAAUGAACAUUGGCUUCCAAUUCUAUCAUCGCUAUCAAGUCGUUGUCAAGUCGCAUUUGGCGUCGAAGCGACAGACAUUUUUCAGUUUUGCUCUUUGUUUACUCGCUUGUGGCGUUUUAUGCUUUACGGUGUUGUACACGUGGAUCCCGAGCAAUGAGAAUCCGGAAUACGCGAAGGAAUUGGAAGAUGAUGUGGUGGUCAGAGGCCGAAAACUGCCGUUUUCCGUGGCCGAUCCGGUAAGUGGAACGUAGCACAUAUAAUUUUUUUUUUGGAAUUUUUUAAAACUUUUGUCAUCAUCAGUCUGUCGGGAAAAUAAUGGGCACUCUGUCGCAUCGAAAACCACAUCGCCGAGAAAAUGAAUUGUGUCGCGGAAAAAUAAAUUGCUUUUCAUUUCCGCGAUGCGAUCGGCACAGCGACAUUGUCCUCAUUAUUUUCCCGACAGACUGAUAGUAUUUUCAUAUCAAAAGUGCAUGGACACUUUGCCGCGGUCCGCACCGUCCACAAAAAAUCCCGAUUUUUUUGCACCGUGCAUUUCAUCAUUUGUUUGGGUUUUGCACCGUGCGUCGGAAAUAUCGCCGCGACAUGAGCUUUUUCCAACUGCGUCGCCGCGGGUUUGCUGAAGAAUUUGCACAGUGCAAUCGGAUUUUUUGUGGGUUGCACUGUGCGAAAAGAGAAAAAUGCACUGUGCGUUGGCGACAAGAAACUGGGUCGCUGAAGAAUUUGCACAGUGCAAACGGCUUUUUUUGUGGUUUGCACUGUGCGAAAAGAGAAAAAUGCACUGUGCGUUGGCGACAAGAAACUGGGUCGCUGGAGAAUUUGCACAGUGCAAACGGCUUUUUUUGUGGUUUGCACAGUGCGAAAAAUGAAAUGGAAAAGAAAAUGCACUAAGCGUCGCGACAAGCAACUGCGUCGUUGAAGAAUUUGCACAGUGCAAACGGCUUUUUUGUGGUUGCACUGUGCGAAAAGAGAAAAAUGCACUGUGCGUUGGCGACAAGCAACUGCGUCGUUGAAGAAUUUGCACAGUGCAAUCGGAUUUUUCGUGGGUUGCACUGUGCAAAAAGAGAAAAAUGCACGGUGCGUCAGAGAAGAAAAUGCACUGUGCGCCGCGACAAGAAACUGGGUCGCUGGAGAAUUUGCACAGUGCAAACGGCUUUUUUCUUCGUUGCACUGUGCGAAAAGUAAAAAAUGCACUGUGCGUUGGCGACAAGCGUGGGAAAAGGUCCAAAAUGUGCGAAUCGGAAAAAAUCUCUAUGCACUUUAUGAAUUGCAAUUUUAUCGAUCAAAUCUUUUUCCCAAGCAAUUUUUUAUGUCGUUUUUAGUGGAAAAAAUUGGAAUUCCUUUAAUUUUCAGCGAACCCUCCGCAAUGUGAUCCAUCUAAUGGCUUCGCAAGUAUUUAUUGUCCUGAUUUAUGGUGUUGUGAUCUUCUGUUGCUGUCGUAUCGUAAAAGUUCUUGGUAACGAGGCCUCGCACAUGUCCAAGAUCACUCGGCAAGCCAACAAAACGCUGAACCGAGCAAUGAUGAUUCAGGUGGGUCUAGUAUAAUAUACCAAGAACACCAUUUUCGAGAAUUGAUCGUAUUUUACCAUCCUUUUUAUCAUUACCGAGCGACGAUUGGGCGGACUAAAAAGUAUUAUUUUUCUUCGAUGUAAAUGUCGAAAUUAGGAUAAUCGAUGGCGAUGAUUUCGAAAAUAACAUUCAUUUUUUUGAUAGUUACUAUUUCCAUUAUGUAGUACUGUAAAGCAGUAAUUUUUUUAAUUUUUUUCCACAAACACUGGAUUUAUGGGGGUUUUCGAUAGUGCUGAUUCCUAAAAUCUCGUUCAUUUUUCUGUUUGGAAAUCAGCACCAACGAAAACCUCUAAAUCGUGUAUUUUUGAAAAAAAAAUCAAAAAAAUCACUGCUUUACCGUACUGCUUAAGAAAAACAGUAACAAUCAAAAAAAUUAAUGUCAUUUUCGAAUUCAGCGAGAUCGAUUAUCCUAAUUUCGACACUUACAUCGAAGAAAAAUAAUACUUUUUUGUUUCCUCAAUUGUCUUUUUCCCCAAUCGUCUUUCCCUCCUAUUAGCAUUUUCACAAAGUGCCUGGACUUGUUUUCGCUUUCGCACAGUGCAUCUUGAACUUUUGUCGCCAACGCACUGUGGAUUUUUGUCUUCGCGCACCGUGCAAACCUCGAAAAAGCCGAUUGCACUAUGCACAUUUUUGAUCAAAAUCGCCGCGGCGCAGUUGAGAAAAGCUUACGUCGCAGCGGUAUUUCAAAUGCACAGUGCAAAACCAAAGAUUUUCGAGGUUUGCACGGUGCGCGAAAACAAAAAUCCACAGUGCGUUGGCGACAAAAGUUCAAGAUGCACUGUGCGAAAGCGAAAACAAGUCCAGGCACUUUAUGAAAAUGCUAAUACAGUGACAGACCUGAUCCAGUGACAAAAAAACGUACCAUUUUGCAUCCAGGAAGUAUCAAAAAAUGUAGCAAAAUGCCUCCCUCUCCAAGACAAAAAACUCCGGUUUGAAGGGACCUCACAAAAAAGAGCGGGCGAGAUUUUGAAAUCGGAUUUUUUUACUUGGAGAGGGAGGCAUUUUGCUACAUUUUUUAAUACUUCCUGGAUGCAAAAUGGUACGUUUUUUGCCACUGGAUCGGGUCCCCAACUGUAAUACUCCCUUUUUCAGGCCGUAUUUCCCUUCAUUCUCAUUGGUUUGCCCUAUAUGAUUGGGCUGGCCGGCACAUUUCUUCAAAUCAAGUCGCCAAUUUUGGCUCAAAUUCUCACAAUGUCCAUCACGCUUCUGCCCAUUGCGAACGCAACAACGCUGUUGACGGUCAUUCCGAGCUAUCGGCGGAGAUUUCUCUCGCUUUUGGGGAGGAAUCGGGGCCAAUUUGAGAAAGCGACAACAACCCCGCAGACCAAAAUUUCAAAAAUUUCGACUGCUGAUAUGCGUUAG